AUGUCCCUUGAUUUCGAGAACUUGAUCAAGGCUGAGUCGGCCAACUGCACCGUCCAGCUCUCGGCUCGAGCCGUGGACACAUUGGGAAACGAGUGUGGCACUUUCUGGGUUUAUGACCUGGACGACAUCGAGGAUUCUUCAGCAGACGGGGUCUCCACUCCAGCGGACUUUGAUGCCAGCCCAUGGAAAUACCAACAAGAUGUGUCGAUAUUGCUCUUGAACCUGGAGGAAGCCACUCGGUACGACUACAUCUACUGUUAUGCAGAGGACGAUGAAGAUGAUGGUGCAAGACUUACGGGGCACAAGCUUGUUUGUCCUGUUUCACAUCCUUCGAGAGCCCACGGAGCUGACAUGGUGCGAGGUACGGGCUCCGCAGCGAACAAGAUGGUCUUCAAUACAGGUGUUCAGGCAAGUCAGGUGGAGUUCAUCCGAAAUCAGCUCGGAAGCAUUGUUACACUGGAUGAAACACCGCCGACGUUCACUGCACUCGAGAUCCAGGAUAUGACCAGAUGGUCGUAG